AUGACUCGUUGGGAUUGGUCGUGUUCUUCCCCCUCUCCAUCCCCCACCAUUCCCCCAUUCCCGCAAUGCCCCAUCCCCUCCUAUUCCUUCAAUUCCCCCAAGCCCCUACCCAUCCAACCCGCCCUCAUCCCCCAGAGUGCCACCGCGGCAUGCUCUACAUCCACCACGCCAACCUGCUCCACCACGCCCGCACUCCCUCCCAUGCCCCGCCCAUUCAUCCCCCCUGCACCCCACCGCACCCCACCACCGCAUCGCAUCGCCCUCCCGUGCCACCGCGGAGUGCUCUACAUCGACGACGCCAAUCUGCUGGACGACGCGCUGGCGGCGCUGCUGUUCGCCCCACCACUCCCUUGCCACCGCGGCGUGCUCUACAUCGACGACGCCAAUCUGCUGGACGACGCGCUGGCAGCUCUGCUGUUCGCUGCGCUCGCAGAGGGGUGCAGUGCGGUGGAGCGCGAGGGGCUGUCCGUGCGCCACGCGUGCCGGCCGCUGCUGCUGGCGUCGUUCAACCCACAGGAGGGCGCGCUCAGGCGCCACCUGCUCGACCGCAUAGCACUCAUUGUCAGCACGGAUGCGCCGCUCUCAUUGGAGCAGCGGGUGGCAGCAGCUGAGGUGGCGAACGCGUUUUUGGACGACAGACUGACGGCUGGGGGAAGGGCGAGAGGAAAUAUGGGACCUGAAGGGCAGACGUUGUUGGAAGAGAAGGGAGAGGAGGGCGAGGAGGAGGAGGAGAGUGUGGAGGAGGGGGUGGAAGCGGAUAGGCUUCGGGUGCUGUUUGCACGACAGCUGCUGCCACGUGUCAGCAUCUCACAGGCCCAGAUUGCAUUCCUGGUGGACGCUGCUGUUCAGCUGGAGUGCGAGGGGCAGCGAGCGGAGCUGUUUGCGGUGCGGGCAGCCAAGGCGCUGGCGGCGCUGAACGGGCGAGCGCAGGUCACCCAGGCCGACCUCGUCCGCGCCGAGGCUGUUGGGGCUGUACUGGUUGACACCAUGAGUGCUUGGAGUGCUGCCAUCUACCCUCACUCCCUGUCCCUUCCUCCUGCACCAUCCCUUCUCAUCCCCACCAGCCCUCCCUCCCAUAACCCCUUCCCUCCCCCUACCGUCCCGAAACGCCCCUCUCUCAUGGAGCAGGCCCAGCUGGCAAUAGUGCCACGUGCCACGGUGGCAUUGGCCAGCGAGCCCAGUAGCAGCCCCCCCCAGUCCGCCCGUGCAGCACCCCCUCCUCCCAGCAGGCGGGCGGAGGACAGCAAAGAGGAGCCGCAGGAGGAACAAGAGGGCGAGGCCCCUGCAGUGAAGGAGGAUGAGCAGAGGGGGCGUCAGUUGCCAUGGAAGAGGGGGACACGCCUCGCAGCACCGAUGAACCCUCUCCUCCCCUCACUCCUGCCCCCUUCCCCCCCUUUCCCCCUCGUGCCACAGCCGCCCCCAGUGGAUGACGACCAGCGGAUGCAGCAGAGGCCUCUCGCCCCAACACCAUUCUCCUCACCCCUCUCCACUCUUCCGCCUCUUCCAGCCACCCCCAGUGGGCGAGGACCACCCGGUGCCAGCAUUCUUUGUAGUUGCUGGCAGCAGAGGACACGCUCCUACCCUUCCCUCUCGUCCAUCUCCCCUCUAGUUCCCCCUCCUUUACCUCCCUCCCUCAACCCCCACUUCCCACAGCCGCCCCGACCGCCUCAAGUGGACGAGGAUCAGCUAGUACCAGCGUCCUUCGUGGUGGAAGCAGACGACACGCGUCUCGACGCCGCCUCCUCCAUCACUCCCAUCUUUCCCCUCUCCCCCCUUCAUUGCCCCCAGCCGCCUCAAGUGGACGAGGAUCAGCUGGUGCCGGCGUCCUUCAUGGUGGCAGCAGACGACACUUUUCACAAAACCACUACACCCUCUCAUACCCUCACUCCUCGCAUUUCCCCCCAUCUCUUCGCUCCUGCCCAGCCGCCCGAGGUGGACGAGGAGCAGCUGGUGCCAGCGUCCUUCGUGGUGGCAGCAAACGACACGCGUCUCGAUGCCGCCGCCCUGCAGCUGUUCCAGCGGGUGGCGCGCACGGCGGGGCGGGCGGGGCGGUCGAAGAAUAAGAUCUACUCGGAGGAGCGCGGGCGAUACGUGAAGGCACUGCUGCCCAAGGGCAAGGUGGGUGCUGCCCAAGGGCAAGUGCUUGCUGCUCACAUAUGUGUGCCGACCCACCGCCCUCAACACUGUCUCCCCCUUGCUCAUCGCCCACCUCCCCACACACCCGUGGCUUGCACACUACCACGCUUCCAAGCACACCAGGCAGUGUGUCUAGCUGGCCGCCACGCUGCCAUUGCUGGCCGCCACGCUGCCAUUGCUGUGGCGCGCUGCCAUUGCUGUGGCGCGCUGCCAUUGCUGUGGCGCGCUGCCAUUGCUGUGCCGCGCUGCCAUUGCUGUGCCGCGCUGCCAUUGCUGUGGCGCACUGCCAUUGCUGUGGCGCGCUGCCAUUGCUGUGUCGCGCUGCCAUUGCUGUGCCGCGCUGCCAUUGCUGUGCCGCGCUGCCUCCAAGAUCACGUUCCCUUCCCUCCCAACUCCUCUCAUCGCCUACAUACUGUGGUGCGUCUCGCAGUGGACGCCACGCUGCGGGCAGCGGCACCGCUGCAGCGGGUGCGGCGAGAGAGGGCGGCGAGGACGGGCGGCAGGGAGCGGCGCAUCUAUGUGGACAAGAGCGACCUGCGGCGGAAACUGCUGGCGCGGCGAGCGUCGUCUCUGGUGGGCGCAGGGAAGGCUGCAUGCGCGCAUGGGUGGGCUGUGGGGGUGUGGCGCGUGCGUGUGGUGGUGUUCAUAAUGGAUGCGAGUGGCAGCAUGGCGUUGAACCGCAUGGGGGCGGCCAAGGGAGCAGCGCUGCAGCUGCUGGCGGAGAGCUACAGCAAGCGGGACAGCAUCGCCGUCGUGCCCUUUCAUGACCAGCAUGCCGACCUGCUCGUCCCGCCCUCCCGCGCCGUCGCCCUCGCUCACAAGCGGAACUCAGCCAAUCAACACUUUGCAUUGACUCUCGUGCUCGCCCGUGUGUGCAGCCUGGAGAGUUUACCGUGCGGCGGGGGCUCGCCGCUGGCGCAUGCGAUGGUUGUGGCGGUGCGGGCGGCGGAGGUGGCGAGGAGGCGCGGCGACGUGGGGCAGGUGGUGGCGGUGCUCAUCACCGACGGCCGCGCCAACGUGCCGCUCUCAACGUCACUCGAGGCCCUGGAGGUGAGUGGUGGUGGCGGAGAGGGUGCGACGGGCGCAGGCGGGGAGGAGAAGCUUCCUCCUCGCCUGGAAGAUAUUAAGGAGGAGGUGCUGAGCAUAGCGGCCAAGAUGGGGGCGGCGGGCAUACAGCUGCUGGUGAUCGACACCGAGAACAAGUUUGUUUCUUCUGGCUUUGCCAAGGAGAUCGCCAAACACUCGCAAGAUAUGCGCGUGGAGCCCAAGGCUUUGAUACUUGUCGGAGGCUAUGGCACACGCCUGCGACCCCUGACGCUGAGCGACGUGAUCUGCGACUAUCCAUUCAAAGGAUUGCUUGACCUUCAUAUCAGCCGUGGUGCUGAAGCUACGCUUAUGGUGACUCGCGUUGAGGACCCCAGCAAAUAUGGUGUCGUGAUAAUGGACGAUGCAGGUGCCGUCAGCCGUUUUGUGGAAAAGCCAAAGACAUUCGUUGGUGAUACCAUCAACGGAGGCAUCUACAUUUUAAGCCCGUCCGUCCUUGAGAGGGUUGAGCUGCGUCCUAUGUCAAUCGAAAAGGACAUUUUUCCAAGAAUUGCCAUGGAUAAGAAGUUGUAUGCCAUGGUUCAUACGGGCUACUGGAUGGAUGUAGGGCAGCCCAAAGGCUACCUGGAAGGGAUCAAGACGUAUUUGCAUCACAAGAGAAGUUCGCAUCCAGAGAUGCUGGCCAUUGGAAGCAACAUUGUUGGGAAUGUGAUCGUGGAUCCCACUGCUACCAUCUCUAAGAGUGCUUCUGUUGGCCCUGAUGUUGUCAUUGGACCCAAUUGCAUUAUCCACGAUGGUGUGAGGAUCCAUGGAAGUGUUCUCCUGGGAGGUUCAAGAAUUGGCUCGGGUAGCCUGAUUCUGAACAGCAUUAUCGGCUGGAACUCAACAGUUGGGAAGUGGACACGCAUUCAAAAGAACUCCGUCCUGGGAGAGGAUGUCACUGUGAACGAUGAGGUGCUGAUUAAUGGUGCAAAGGUCUUGCCUCACAAGGAGGUCAAGGCAGAUGUUGAUACUCCACAGAUCAUCAUGUAG